AAUUUCCCACUACGUUAGGGUCUUCAUCACAAAACCGCCCCCACUGAAAUAAACGAUGAGCGAGCCACGGGAGCCCCCGCUGCAACCCUUCCUCCUCCUGUGGCCUGAGCAGCGCCCGCGGGAUCGCCCGCCUCCUCCUCCCGGAUCUGGCAAGAAAGAGUAAUUGACCUUUGAAACAUCCGUAAGAUGGGUCGUGGUGUUAGCAGUGGGGGUGGUCAGAGUUCCUUGGGCUACCUCUUCGGUGGUGAUGAAGCUCCAAAAUCAGCUGAGAAGCCUGCACCUGUUCAAAAACCAGCACCUCCAUCCUCUGCGCAGAAACUUAAAGAUAUCCCAGCUGGCAUUGAAAGUAGCAAAGCAAACAAUUACAUAAGAGCUGAAGGCCAGAACUGUGGAAAUUUCCUUACGGACCGUCCUUCAACCAAGGUGCAAGCUGCUCCAGGUGGUGGUUCUUCACUUGACUAUCUUUUCAGCGGCAGCAAGGAUGGCAAGUGAUGCUCACCCGUUGUUAAUUUUACCAUGAGCUUGGAAGAAAGGUUCUUGCUUAACAAAAACUUGUAUUCCAAUGAGUAACUAUCUAACUGCUCAUGGUAUAUUACUGGAAUUGCUGGUAUGUGUGCGUGCGUUCGUGUGCUCUUGUAUGUUUGUGUGUUGAUCAGCAGCUACUGGUGCUAAGAGGCAAGAGCUGACCUCUAUUCCUACUCUUUGUCUGUAUAACUAUGUUGACAUUCUGGGUGAUGGCGUGAUUCUUGGUGUAUAAAACUCUUUGAGUUGCAUUGUAUCAGACAUGCUUUCGCUUGAUGCUCAUUGUUGCAGUAAAAAUGUUUCUGUUGUCCUCA